AUCUAUCCCCGUGGAGGAUUAAUCUUUGCUGCUAAUAGAGCUUUAAACUCGCAAAGCGCCUUACGAGGAAACCGCACCGGGAGUGUGUUUGCAAGAGAGAAACUGAAAGUGCCGAGGGGGGAGAGCAGCCACCCUCCUGAUCGCAGCCGUCGGCUGGCUCGGGGCCGUCCUCCCUCGCUCUGCCUGCAAAUAACCGGGGCUUUCCCAGCUGCCUGCCUUGGAAGAGUAUUUAGGGGAAAGUAGAAGAGCUCCGUGCAGAUUCCCAUCCCGGGAAUCCACAAGGCAGGAGGUUUCGGCUCUUCGGUCGGUCCGUUUGAAGCCAGGAGGAGCAGCCUGGCAGCAUCCCUGGCACCAAACCACGGUAGCCGUUCAGCAGAUACGUUGGGUUUUCGUGGCUUGGCUGCGUUGCAGCACCCGUGCGGCCUACCCAUGAGCUCGGACUUCCAGCAUUACAGUUUCAGGAUGCCGAACAUCGGGUUCCAAAACCUGCCUCUCAACAUAUACAUCGUGGUUUUCGGCACGGCCAUCUUCGUCUUCAUCCUCAGUUUGCUCUUCUGUUGCUACUUGAUCAGGCUCAGACAUCAAGCACACAAAGAGCUUUACGCCUACAAACAGGUUAUACUCAAGGAAAAGGUGAAGGAGCUGAACCUACACGAGAUCUGUGCCGUCUGCCUGGAGGAGUUCAAGCCCAAGGACGAGCUGGGGAUCUGUCCCUGCAAACAUGCCUUCCACAGAAAGUGCCUCAUCAAGUGGCUGGAGGUGCGGAAAGUCUGUCCCCUCUGCAACAUGCCGGUGCUGCAGCUGGCGCAGCUGCACAGCAAGCAGGACCCCGGCCCCCCCCAGGGCCCCCUCCCCGGCGCCCAGAACAUCGUAUAGCUCCUCCUCGGCCAGCUCCGCCGCCCCGGGCACUCGGAGACAACCAAAGCACUACGGCACCAGCAUGGAGGGGCAGGCGAGGAGGUGGGGGGGCGUCUGCAGCACUUUAGCGGGGGGCACGUCCCCCCCGGCCCACGAGCAGGAGCCCCGUGCCCCAGAGCCCUGCCUCGGCGGAGCCGUGCCGGGGUGAGGGUUCUGACGCUUCAGCCUGGGCUGAGGAGGGGACCCGGGGGGUCCCUCCGCCGGCACCUGCGCGACGUCCUUCUCCCAGCACGGCCUUUGGUCCACCGGGAAGCAGCAUGGGGCAGGCCGGAGCGGCAGCAAACCCCCAACAGCCUCCUGUGAUGACCCCCUGAACGCUCCCCAGCCCCGCUGCUCCCCUCUCGAUGCCCAAAACACAACGUGGUGGGGGGACGACGACCCUGGAGCAUCACGGCUGGUUCCUGCCCCGUUUCUCCUCUUUUAACGGGGUGACUUUUGCCUUUGCAAUCCCAACCUGGGAAACCGGGUCUUGCCCCACGCCGGGCACCUCCUCAGCACCCGCUGCUCCUCCCAAAGGGCUAAACGGGGUGGGGGAGAGGGAAAAGGGGGGGUUGUGUGGGGGUCUCGUGAGCUUUGGGUACCCCUCAACUCUCCUCGGGGGUGGCUGUCCCCCUCCUCGGUGCCAUGGGCUACCUCAGCGGGGCGUUAGUCCCCCGGGAGGGGCAAGAUCCUGAACCAUCAGCUUCCUCCUCAAAAUGGCGGCAUGGCCUGGCUGGGGUGGGGUGUGGGAGGGGGCAGGCAAAAAUCCUGCCCUUUAGGUUCAUCCCAUCCCUUCCAGCCUGGCUCUGGGCGGGGGGUUUCUGGGCGAGGGCCACGUGAGCCGGCAGCGUUUGUCCUCACCCAAACCCCCCAUCAUCGAGCACAAAAGCUGCUGGGGGCAGUGGAGGCAGGGGGGGGGGAGUUGUGCCACCCCCUCACCUCUCUGACCACCUCACGGGGCAAAUUCAGGCACAGUAGCAAACGCCCUGGCGUCCCCCUUCAUCUUUGCAACUUAGUCCCUUUUUUUUCUUUUUCUUUUUUUUU